AUGCCUCGAGCAUCCAACAACGCUUCUCCCGGCUCUGGCUCUGGCUCCGGCUCCGGCAGCGGCGGCUACACCACAACGAGCUCGGGCACGAACCAGGCGGGAAACCACUACUGUUCCCGUGACUUUGGUCCCGGCGCUUCGAACUCUAAUUCUUACCACUACUCCAACACCGACGGCUCGUACUACUACAGCAACCCCAAUGUGAGUGCUCUUGCGCGGCUCGAGGCGUCUGCUGAGCGUUGUGUGCAGGGAUCGACGUACUACAACUCGGGUGACGGGUACUCCAAGUACAGUCCCAACAAAUAG